AUGACUUCAAAGAUCAUUGUGAUCGGCAGUCCUAACUGUCAGCUUCGGGCACUCUUCACGAAAUUAGCAAAAUUGCAUACAAAACAAAACUUUGCCUUUGCGAUUAUCGUUGGAAAUUUGUUCGGUGAUUGCUCUACUGAAGCUGAGCUGGACGAGAUUUCAGCUCUCUUACAGGGCCAUAUCCAUGUACCUGUGACGACGUACUUUACGAUGGGAAGCCGUGCACUUCCCACUCGAAUUGUGGAGAAAAUUGAGGCAGACGAUGAAGUCUGUCCGAACUUGUACUUUCUCGGUAAACGAGGAGUCCUGAAGACCGCCGAAGGAGUUCGUAUUGCUGCUCUUGGAGGCCAACUCGAUCAAUCCGGGCCUUCAAAGUCCAAGCCUGAAUCGAACGCCAGCGGCAAAUUUCAAUCCACGUACACCGAGUCUGAUGCUCGUGCGCUCUACGGCAUGGGUAAUGCAGACAUUUUGAUCACGAAUCAGUGGCCGAAAGAUAUCCGCUUCGGUUCCAAAGUGCCUGUACCAGACGACUACGCUUCUCAGUCAUCCGAGAAGCAGAUUGUCUCAGAUUUGUGCUCCACGCUCAAGCCUCGCUAUCACUUCUCGACAUCCGACUCGUUCUUCUAUGAGCGAGAACCUUUUUUCCACAUGCCGUCAGAAGACAGCCCACAAAUCAAACCGAUCACCCGAUUCAUAUCCCUUGCGGCCUUUGAUUCUCCAACGAAGCAAAAAGCUCUUUACGCUUUCUCCCUCGAUCACACAUCUGCAGCACCACUCACGAUUCCUGCAGGCGUGACCGCGUCGCCCCUCUCAGCACCUCAGGCCAAGCGCAAAAAUCUCCCUAGCCAGCAUGAAUCAUUCUCGAGAUUUGCCGCGCAUGAUAGCUCAGCCCAUCAGCCCAAUCGCCGCGGAAAGCGGCAACAGCGAGAGCCGCCACCCGGCCCUGACCGAUGUUUCUUCUGUCUGUCCAAUCCCAAUGUCGCUCCGCAUCUCAUCACCUCCAUCGGCGAUCAGAGCUACUUGACCAUUGCCAAAGGUCCUCUGCCGACAAAAGAAUUCUUUCCUUCGCUGGGCUUCCCCGGUCAUGUUCUCAUCAUCCCCUUGGAGCACUCGCCCACACUGGGCUCUAUUGCCGAUGCGGCUACGCGGACUGCCACAUUAGCUGAAAUGACGCGAUUCAACGACAGUCUCCGUCGGAUGGUCAGUGAGCGCUCAUCCGGACAACUCGGCGCCGUGACAUGGGAAGUUAGUCGUACAGGGGGUAUCCACACACAUUGGCAAUUCCUCCCCGUACCAAUCGAUCUGGUCAACCAGAGGCUUGUUGAGCUCGCCUUUCAAGUGGAAGCCGAAAAUUUGAAUUAUCCUAAAUUCAAGAUGACUUCAUCGACCCGGCCUGAUGGCAAAGCCGUCGAUACUGAUGGUGAAACUGUAGAUGCGCUCCGCCGGCAAGGAGAUUACUUCCAAGUAUCGAUUUGGAAGCCUGGGCAGCAAGACAGUGAAUCGGCCACGGAUGAGACAACCGAUCCCAAAGAACCCUCGCCCUCAUCCGGAGGACUAGAAAAAGUCAUGACCCUGGGUCUUGAUCCCAGCUUCCAAUUCGACCUACAGUUCGGUCGGCGUGUCAUGGCCAAGCUACUCCAACUCGACAAGCGAAUGAACUGGAGGGAUGCACCUCAAUCCCAGGCCGAGGAGGAAAUUGAUGCGAAUGCUUUCAAGGAAGCGUUCAAGACAUACGACUUUUCACUAGAAUGA